GUUCGUGGAUUUUCGCUAUAAUUUAUUAGUUUGCUGGUAAAAGUCAAUGAAAUUUACAUAUUAUACAAACCAAUUAUCAUGGACUUUAUAUAUAAGCUCAAAAUGCAUGAAUUCCAUAAAGCGCGUUUGAAACGCGUUGCCAUGGAGACCUCAGUAACGACAUGCGGCGCACGCGUGUAUUUUAUUAUAAGUAUGAGCGUUACGUGAAUUUAAAUUUGGUUUAAAUGUCGUUGAUAAACAGAAUUUACUGCAAAUUUCACGUGACGUUGACGUCACAUAUAUACGUCACACGUAGGUUGAAUAUUCAAAGUUGUUUACAUCAUUCUCAGCUGUAAGACCGCGAAGUAGUUAACGUAAUGAAAUCAUGCCGUCCGUUGACAACGUUGAACUACGCACGGUGAUUAAAUUUUGUCACUCAUUGGGCUACACACAGACCAAAACGUUUGAGGAAGUUAAAAAGUCGAAACAAUUCAACUGCUCAAGAUCGUUGGUAUUCAAAUGGCACGAUAGAUUUAGAAAGGGACGCGAAUCAGUAGAAGAUGAUGCUCGAAGUGGUAGGCCGGCGCUAGUUAAACAAACCAUGACGGACAAACUGAGAGACUUGAUUAAAACAAAUAGGCGUUUAACGGUGCCAUAUAUCGCAGAAGAGCUUGGAAUUGGCAUUUCAAUGGUUUACAGAAUACUAACCGAGGAUUUCAAAAUGCGCAAGGUUAGAGCUCGAUGGGUUCCAAAACUUCUCUCUGAUGAAGAACGAGUGAAACGCGUUAAGUGCUCAGAAGAGUUUUUGAGAAGAUACCGUAAAGAAGGAGAGCGCUUUUUGGACCAUAUCGUCACACUUGAUGAGACGUGGUUAUGGCAUUAUGAUCCGGAGACGAAAGCACAAUCCUCAGUGUGGAAAACAGCAGCAAGUCCUCCGCCGAAGAAAGCCAGGGUUAUGAAGUCUGGUGGAAAACAUAUCUACAUCUUCUUCAUGGAUAGACGGGGAAUGCUGCUCAUCCACAAGGUGCCUGAUGGUCAGACGAUAAAUGCUACAUAUUAUCAAAAGGUACUUCGCCGGGAUUUAAUGAAUGCUCUAAGGUAAAAGAGACCUACGAUUGAUGCCUCAGCCGUCAUAAUUCACCACGACAAUGCACCUGCGCAUAGGGCCCAGUCAACAGAACUAGAGAUAGAUGUGAUCGGGUUUCAGCGCCUAAGUCAUCCUCCUUACAGCCCGGAUUUGGCCCCUAUGGACUUCCGCGUCUUCCCGGAAGUUAAAUCACAGUUGCGCGGUAUUCGCUUUGCAAGUAAACAGGAACUUACAGUUGCAGCAAAGCGAAUCGUGUCGUCUUUUGACGCUGACUGGUAUAGAGACACUUUUGACAAGUGGAUUUCCCGACACAUAAAGUGCAUUCGCGUUGGAGGUGAUUAUGUGGAAAAGAUUUGACAGUUGUUAACUUCAUAACGUCAUUGACGUUGAACAGAAACGUUACACGUGCGUGGGUGUGCACAUUGUGCACAUGUUUAAAUCUCUGAUAUAUAUUUAUUGUUUUAUGUAUUUCCAUGAUAUUUGGAGAGUAGAUUUGGAAAGGACAGAAUAUUCUUAGCAUGCUAUUUGUUUGUCCAUUUAUGUUACCAAAUGAAUGUUAUAGCGAAAAUCCA